UGGUCACGUGACGAGGCGAAGCCGCGCGGCGCUCAGCUGACCGGAGGCUUCGGUGGAGGGAAGCUAACGUCGGUUGCUGCGUUGUCGUCGCCUCUGUGAUGCAGUAGCGUGUUAUUGUGGUCCUGCGGAUGAAACAUGGAGCGGCGCGGCUCGGACACGGACGUGGACGAGCAGGAGAAGCCGCUGCUUCACGGAGGACACGGCGACAAAGUGCAGAGAGCCCCAGUGUGCUGCUCGUCCCGCUACGGCCUGGCGCUGCUCUCCUCCUAUGGCUUCUUUGUUGUCUAUUCGUUGCGGGUGAACCUCAGCGUGGCCAUGGUGGACAUGCUCAACAGCACCCACCAGGCCAGCGCCAACCACAGCACCUCGGUGUGCCCCGCUGAUACCAACCCGCCCCAGCCCAAGCACAACCACACGGCCAGUGUGUACAACUGGGACUCUGAGACGCAGGGCUGGAUCUUGGGCUCCUUCUUCUACGGCUACAUCCUGACGCAGAUCCCUGGAGGAUACCUGGCCGGCCGCUUCGGGCCCAAGUGGCUCAUGGGCUUUGGGAUCCUGGGAACUGUAGUUUUCACGCUGCUCACCCCUGUGGCUGCUGAUCUCGGUGCAAGCUACCUAAUUGCUGUCAGGGCACUGGAGGGGGUUGGAGAGGGAGUCACGUUUCCUGCAAUGUACACCAUGUGGGCAGCGUGGGCCCCUCCCCUGGAGAGGAGUCGGCUCCUCACCAUUACCUACAUUGGAGCCCAGCUGGGAACGGUCAUUUCUCUGCCGCUGUCUGGGGAAAUCUGCUUCUACCUGGACUGGACCUACGUCUUUUACAUAUUUGGCGCUGUGGGUCUAGUGUGGUUCGUCUUGUGGAUCUUCCUCGUCUUUGAUAGUCCAAACACUCAUCCACGCAUAUCUGAGCAGGAGAGACUGUACAUCACCAACUCACUUAGGCACGAGCUGUCCACGUCAGCAGACCACAUCCCCUGGAGAGCCAUAGUGACAUCCACGCCACUGUGGGCCAUUGUCGUAGCUCACUUCUCCUACAACUGGACCUUCUACACCCUCCUCACGCUGCUGCCGACCUACAUGAGCGACAUACUGCAGUUCAGCAUCCAGAAGAACGGUAUCGUGUCUGCGCUGCCGUACUUGGGCUGUGCUGUGUUCGCUGUGCUGAGUGGCCAGGUGGCCGAUUACCUACGGGAAACCUGCCACUACCCCACGGUGAAUGUCAGGAAGCUCUUCUCGCUUAUUGGUAUGGUUGGACCUGCGGUGUUCCUGGUGGCAGCAGGAUACACAGGCUGCAACUACACCUUGGCUGUGACCUUCCUCACGCUCUCCUCUUCUCUGGGUGGAGUGUCAGCUUCUGGCUUCAACAUCAACCACCUUGACAUCGCCCCCUCGUAUGCUGGCAUUCUGCUGGGCAUCACCAACACCUUUGCCACCAUUCCUGGCAUGGUGGGACCAGUCAUAGCACGAUCCCUCACCAGCCACAACACAAUACCAGAAUGGAAGACUGUCUUCUACAUCGCCGCCGCCAUCAACACGUUUGGAGCGAUAUUCUAUGGGCUGUUUGGUCGAGGCACCGUGCAGCCCUGGGCAGUCCACACCUCCUACUCCCACGGCGACGGAAGCUGAGGACUAAACAUGAGCCGAAGAGGAGUCGGUAUAUUCAAGUGUCAACCAUGGCCAACGGGUAAUUCCAGUAAAAUUUGUUGUAGCUGUGCAGAUAAUCCUCACAGCACCGCGACCAAUGCAGCAGCCAUCACACCUUUAACCAGAUGAGUGCAGGUACCUCAGGCCAUUAUCAGAGGAACCUGGAGACACACUGAAAGAUUCCAGUUAGAUAUGUUUGACACAAAUGUUUUAGGGCAAAAAUAAAGACUGAGCUGAGAAAAUAAAAUUACUUGUAUGUUAAGAUUUAAACUCACUCGACUGAAGAGACUGUAGCUAGUUUAACAGUUUAACUACUGCUACCUGGUUUUUGAUAAAACCUGUUGUAAAUGAACUAUGAAAGACAAACUGUUAAAAUAGUUACGUCUUGUUCUUAAUGUUUACCUCAGCUCAAUCUUUGUUCCUGCCAAAAUUUAGCUUGGUUCAAUUUAUAGCAACAGGUAAAUCAAAUUAGCUUUGUAUUUGCUUAUAUACUUUAGGUUUCCGUACACAAGUUUGGGACAACACGAAAGGUGUUAGCUUGCAACCCCUAAGUGCCAGUAAGUGUCCUUAAAGGGUUAAAGGUUCACCUGCACCGUGCACACACACUUUGGGAAAAUGCCUUAGUCAUGGUGCAGAAUGAUUUUAUAGCUCUUAGCCUUUAAUGUUGUCAUGUUAAGGGACUUUUACGUUUAGGCCAGGUUAUGUCAACCAGGGACCUCUUCUAUUGUGGAUAGCAUUAACUAAUGAACACUGAAAUUGCAGGUUAUAUUUUUACUCAUUAACACCAAGAGGACACUACGGUGAGAGUGCUUUAAAGAGGUCUCUGGUGGACAAACAGUCUUCAGUUGAAGGAUUUGCACAUUGUGUCAAGUCUCAGGUAUCUUAAAGAUUGAAGAGGCAGUUUACAUAUUAGUUAAUUGACAUCUAAAAAGGGUUUUAAAAGGGACUUAAAAUACAGUCACAUCUCUUUAAUGUCCAUUUAUUGCUGUGGCCAGCAGUUAAAUGUGAGCUGUCAGGUCACAUGAUGACUGCAGCCACAAGAUAAAAGUAGCAGCAGCAUCAUCCCAACAUAAGUAAUGAACUUGUGCCUUACUACAUUAGCUCAAAAUGUGGUUAAGAUAAUUCAGGACUGUAGCCUCAUUGUCGACAUUAAGGACUUUUAUGUUUAUAAAAUAAAGGGAUUUUUGUAUAAUUGAAAUCACUGUUAAUCUUGCUGGAAAUGUUCCAGAAAUGUUAUAAUGUAAAUACUUCAUAAACAGCUAUGCUCCAG